AAUUCGUCCAUGUUAUACAACCAAUUAUACACAAAGCUUUUACACAGCAAUUAUCAGCCAUAAAAAAUAAUAGUUUCCAGUUUUAUCAAUUACUCACUUUAAAACUGGUCGUAACACACGGUAUUAUGUCAUGGAUGACAACCGUUGUCAGAUUGUAGGUUAGUUUUACAACUCAAAACAAAACUUGAAUUUCCUCGAUUAUUUAUCCGACAUUUAGCAACUUAAGAUGAAAUCAUCAACUAUUUUAGUAUUUAUCGUUUACCUAUCCAUGACAAACGCCGAAUGGGUUGACCCCCAUAGCAUGGACACCAACGCGAAGCACAAGGUGCCAGUUCGCUCCCCAAGUCUAGAUCUCGAUUCGCGAAAGCGCUACAGUUCUGGGAGUACACAAUGCGACUCCGAUAUACAUUUAAAACGAAUUGUGCGCCUAAUUUUGACUAACGCCUAUUUGGACGAUUCAAUGGGGUACCAUGAGGGUCACGUCAAUAUUAAAUUGACGUCGAGUGAGCUUCAAUUCCUGUUGAAUUUCUCGCAAAGUAGUGACACCAAAGGGGACACAAUUAGCGAAAUAAGCUCGAUUUUUGAAAAUGCGUUGCAAAAAACGUCCCAGGAUAGAUACGAAGCGGUUGUUUUAUCAGUUCAGGAGAGAUUGUAUUAUUUGGUUUUUAAUCCGACUUCGGGGGCGCUUGCCGCUGCCUGUCUUGUUUUAUUUAUAAUGUAUAAGUUGCUCAGGGCGCAAUUUACGUGGUGGUCAAUAGUGAAGUAUUUUUUCUUGCUGAUGUACAUAAUGGAUUUUACGAUCACAUAUUUGAGUAUUUUACACGAGGAAGAAAUUGAUAAUUUGGUCGCGCUGAAAAAUAUGGGAGCGGUCCCGCCUGAAUGUGACCCGAAAAAAAUGUCAUGGGGCACUUACUUCAAGACACAAAUGCAAUCGGUCUUCACGGAAAAUCCUUGCAAAGCUUAUUAUACGGUCAUGUAUCAGGAUUUGAAAUACUUCGUGGCCCCCUCGAAGGUGCUCACGAGACAGUUUCGGACGCUCAUUGUCGAGCCUGGGGGCGACCUUGGAGAGGCGUUUGGGAAAUUCGGCCGUGGAAUGUUCGCAACACUUCCCUGGGGGCUCAAUGUGGUCCUCUUCCCCAUAAUGUUGGUGGCAGCAUGUGUCAUGAUUUUCAUAUUUUUCCUCUUCAUAACCAAACCUAAUUUUAAAUUAAGCCUAUUUCAUUUAUUCUCAAUCGAAUUGGGGCAACCUGUGAGACACCAGCCAACUUUACGUGGAAAUGACACCAACACGAGACAGAUUGCUGGGGCGAGGCGCAGGCGAACCAGAAAUCAAGGCAGAGAGGUAGGGCAUAGAGCCUUAGUUGAAGACGUUUCAAAUGAUAAAACUUCAAGUUCUGGUAAAACCAGCCCAGAGAAGAGCCCCCAAACCGAAGGUGCCUCAGAAAACAAGUUGCCCAUCAAGGACUAAAUUUUCAUAAAUUUUUGACUCUCGAUUAAGUAUUAAUAUGGCUUAACUUAUUUUUUUACACAGAUUACGUUUAACAAAGAUAGUACUGAUAUUAGCGAAAAUGUAUUUUUUGAGACCUGGAAUAAAUAUUUUUUAUCUAAA